AUGCUUCGUCGUAGACCCACAACGCCAGAUGGCAGGCCCAUCGAUCCCCUCCAAGAGAGUCCCCGUGUCACCAAGCCUUUCAAGAUCCCAACUACACUCCGUGCAGCAUCGCGCGACCAACCACCACGCAAGCGAAAGAGAGUCUCAUAUAAAGAGGCUCAGCCUGAUGGAGACGACUCUGAUUCUGACUCUGGUGGAAAGAAGGCGAAGCGGAGAAAGUCUGAUGGCGACGGCAUAUACACGGAGCUCGCAAACAAUAUCACGUCCUACCCCGUGUACAAGCCAAAGCCUUUCCAGCAGGUGUUCGGCACACGCAGGUACUCUAUACCAGUGAUGAAGAACAAGGACGGGGAGGUCGUCCGAACUGUUCCAUCCAAUGCCCCUCUUGGUAUUCGCCCUCUCGCUAAUAUCAUCCCUCGUCCGCUCCAUGAUCCCAUGGAGGAUCAUGCUAUCGUUCUCUAUGAUCCAACAAUUGACAUUCGGGAGACGGACGAAGAGAGAAAGGAGAGGGAGAAGGAAGAGGCGAAGGUUGCAGCACUGAAGGAAGCUGAUGAGAAGAACGUGGGGCUGUUCAACCCUCACAAGAGUCUGAAGUUGCUGCUUGGUGAGUCGAAGAAGAAGAAAGUGGAUACCCGUGUGCCCGUCGUCAUCGACCCGCGUCUUUGCAAAGUGCUCCGGCCACAUCAAGUUGAGGGUGUCAAGUUUCUUUAUCGCUGCACUACCGGAAUGGUGGUCGAGGGUCAGUACGGUUGCAUCAUGGCCGACGAGAUGGGCCUCGGAAAGACGCUGCAGUGCAUUGCGCUGCUGUGGACGCUGCUGAAGCAGUCGCCUCGGUCAGGCAAGGGGACGCUUGAGAAGUGUAUCAUCGCGUGCCCGUCCAGCCUGGUGAAGAACUGGGCGAACGAACUCGCCAAGUGGCUGGGUAAAGACACUAUCACGCCGAUGGCGGUGGAUGGCAAGGGUGGCAAGGCCGAGCUCCUGCAACGAGUGGAGAGAUGGGUGGCUGCCAGUGGUCGGAAUGUGACGCAGCCUGUGAUGAUCGUGUCGUACGAAACCCUCCGAACGUUGACGGUAUACCUGAACGGUUGCCAGAUUGGAUUGCUGUUGUGUGACGAAGGUCAUCGUCUGAAGAACUCUGAGUCCCUCACCUUCCAAGCUCUUGAUGCGAUCAAUGUCAAGCGGCGGGUCAUUCUGUCAGGAACUCCGAUUCAGAAUGAUCUUUCAGAGUACUUCUCCCUCCUCAAUUUUGCCAACCCGAAUCUCUUGGGCACGAAGAACGACUUCAGGAAGAACUUCGAAAACAUCAUUAUUCGUGGUCGCGACGCAGAUGCCACAGACAAGGACAAGGCUGAAUGCGAAAAGAAACUGAAGGAGCUUGGCGAAUUGGUCUCCAAGUUCAUUAUCCGCCGGACCAACGAUCUGCUGUCUAAGUAUUUGCCUGUCAAGUACGAACAGGUCGUUUUCUGUGGCUUAUCAGACUUCCAGCUCCAACUCUACCGCCUCUUCAUUUCUUCGCCGGAGAUCAAGGCUCUGCUCCGCGGUGCGGAAUCCCAGCCUCUCAAGGCUAUCAAUAUCUUGAAGAAGCUCUGCAACCAUCCUGAGCUCCUGAAUCUUCCGCAAGACCUACGUGGCUGCGAUCAUCUGAUACCGGAAGGCUUCUGUGGCGCUGGUGACGACUCGAAUAAACCCAAGGGAGGAAGUCGAGGAGGUCGCGAUGCCGGCCAGAACGUGCAUACUGAGUGGAGCGGGAAGUUUAUAGUCUUGGAGAGGUUCCUUCAUCGGUUACACACAGAGACGAACGACAAGAUCGUCCUCAUCAGUAAUUAUACACAAACUCUUGACAUAUUUGAAAAGAUGCUGCGUAGCAAGAAAUAUGGGUAUUUCCGACUCGACGGCACGAUGAAUAUCCCGAAACGCCAGAAGCUCGUCGACCAGUUCAACAAUCCCGAGGGCAAGGAGUUCGUCUUCCUCCUUAGUAGCAAAGCUGGCGGUUGUGGUAUCAACCUCAUCGGUGCCAACCGUUUAAUUCUGUUCGAUCCUGAUUGGAAUCCUGCUGCUGAUCAGCAGGCUUUGGCUCGUGUGUGGCGUGACGGUCAGAAGAAAGAAUGCUUUGUAUACCGCUUCAUCUCUACCGGCACUAUCGAGGAGAAAAUCUUCCAGCGUCAGGCCUCCAAGCAGGCUCUUUCGUCCGCGGUCGUCGACGAAAAGGAGGACGCAGAACGACACUUCUCUAUCGACUCCUUGCGGCAGCUGUUCUUGUUCAACGAGAAGACCCUUUGUGAGACGCACGAGACGUUCAAGUGCAAGCGAUGUAAGAACGGGAAGCAGAUGGUUAAGGCACCCGCCCUUCUGUAUGGUGAUGCUAGCACUUGGAAUCACUUCACGAAUGCCGAACUGAAGAACAAUCACGAUGAUCUACUGCGGGCAGAGGUGGGGCAACCUGAGGUUUCGUUCGUGUUCCAGUACAUCAGUCAUUAG